CAUGGUUUGUAUUGUUUGCUUCAAUGCAUUGACUGUGAGUUUAGGCAAAGAAGAGCUGAUCCGAGAUCUGAAGAAAUGCCAAAACGUAAGAAACUGUCCGGUGAUGAGGGAAGUGAUGGACGCAGUGAUGCCAGCGAUGGCAAGAAGAGACGCAAACUGGACAUUUCGGAACAAUUGCAGGAAAUCUAUGACUCGAUCCGUAACCACAAGACAUCUGACGGAAGAGUUUUGUGCGAAAACUUCAUAAGAGCUCCAAAGCGAAGAAGUUUUGCUGAUUAUUAUGAAGUGGUUUCCACUCCAAUGGAUAUGAUUCGCGUCCAACAGAAGAUCAAAAUGGAUGAAUACGAAGACGUGGACCAAAUGACUCAAGACAUCGAUUUGAUGGUCACUAAUGCUAAGAGUUAUUAUAAGAAAGAGAGUCCGGAAUAUAUGGACGCCAUUGCCUUCUGGAACCUAUACGUGGAGGUGAGGAAUGAGAUGGUAGGCGACGCUUCCAAACAAGACUUCGACGACACGAGUAAUCAAAGUCACAGCGCUUUCGAUGUCGACGCCAUCGACGCCCUCAGCAACAGUGAGAGCGAGACUGCCAUUGAAUACGACAGUCUCUACGAAGAGCUGUUCAGUGCUGUCAUGACUGCCACUACCGACGAGGGCCGACCCCUGAGCACAAUGUUUGAGUUAUUGCCCCAAAAGGCCACAUAUCCUGAUUACUACACCAUUGUGUCGGAACCGAUCGACUUGAAGACAAUCGGCACAAAAAUACAAAACAAUAGUUAUAUUUGUUUGAAUGACUUGGAGAAGGAUUUGCUACAAAUGGUGAGGAAUGCGAAGCUGUAUAACGAGCCCGGGUCUCAGAUAUACAAAGACGCCAACACUCUCCGCAAAGUGAUCAUCGGUAAGAAGAGUGACAUUGAGCUCAAGAAAUGCCAACCAAUCAAAACAAGUGAACGCAUUCGAGCCAAACGACUGCUGCCAAUGGGCCAGAAGUGGUCGGCCAUUACGGCCGCCUUGAAGCACGAGAACGACCCGGAACUGGAGACUAGUAUCCAGAGCGCCAACACCAGUACCUUUGGGGACGAGACCACCAACGAUGAUGUGACCAACUUCUCAGACCCAGAAGACGCUGACACAAACCCUCAGUGGCAGCUCUUUGAGGCCAUUCGCAGCCAAACGAACGCUCAGGGAAUCGCAUUGUCUGACCCUUUCAUGCGCUUACCUUCGCGUCGAUUCUAUCCGGACUACUAUAAAGAGAUCAAACAUCCCAUCUCUUUGGCCAAAAUAAGAGCCAAAAUAAAGACCGGCGCUUACGAUAACAUCUCUAAUUUGGUCGAAGAUUUGAGUCUAACCUUCGAGAACGCCAUGAAAUACAAUAGACCCGACUCUAAGAUCUUUAAGGACGCCUUAAAGCUUAAGAAAACACUACAAUUAAAAGCACAGGAAAUACUGAAUAUUAGUUUAAAGGAUUCGGAUGACAGUGAAAGCGAUGACGACAGCAAAAGCAGUUUCGCUGGAAAGCGUCCCAAACAUAAGACAUCGAAUCCAUUGACUCAUGAGUUGAAAAAAGCCCGGCGAUCGCAACUGGAUGUCGACUCACAGCUCAAGAAGCGGAUGCGAGUUCUCUAUAAGACUUUAAUCGAUUACACCGACGAGUCCUCCCGUUCCCUAAUAUUAUUGUUUAUGGAGAAACCUUCCAAAAAGGCUUAUCCCGACUAUUAUGAUAUCAUUGCAAAUCCUAUUGAUAUGAAGACAAUUGAGACUAACAUCAAAUGGGAACGAUAUCCAAACGAAGAGUCAUUGAUAACUGAUUUUAAGCUAAUGUUUAGUAAUUGCAAACAAUAUAAUGAAGACAACUCUCAGAUAUAUAAGGAUGCCGUCGCUCUCGAGAAUGUUCUCAUGGAUAAGGUUAGAGAGUUGGGACCCUUUCAGCCAAUUAAACCUAAGAAGACCAAAGGCCGGGCCUCUAAUGUGACGCAACAGAAAAUGAGAACUCUUUAUAAUACAGUGAAAGACUAUACGGAUGCGAAGGGACGACAACUGUCCACUAUAUUCAUGAAACUUCCAUCGAAGACAGAAUUGCCUGAAUAUUACGAAGUGAUCAAAAAACCGGUCGGUUUAGAGAAAAUUGGUGUUCGUCUCAAGAAUGGUGUUUAUGACACACUGGAGGACCUGCUCUCAGAUAUGAUUCUAAUGCUGGACAACGCGUGUAAAUACAAUGAACCCGACUCUCAGAUAUAUAAGGAUGCGCUGACUCUCCAACAAAUUGCUUUGCAAACGAAGAUUGAUUUGAUGGACGACAGCGACACUGGAAUUCCUGACGUGAAGGCCAUUAUUCAAGAAUUGUUGACAAAUCUCUUCAUAUCGGUGUAUAACCAUCAGGACGAAGAGGGCCGUUGUUUCAGUGAUUCAAUCAUUGAAUUAUCAGAAACCGAUUCCAAAACUACUGAUCAAUCGUCUGAAACAAAACCUCUGAAUAUGGAUAUAAUUAAACGAAAUCUGGAUAAAGGAAGAUAUAAACGACUCGAUCGCUUCCAAAAAGACAUGUUUGAAGUGUUUGAAAGGGCGCGUCGAGUCUCCAGAACUGAUUCACAGGCUUUUGAAGACUCGAUUGAAUUGCAAACGUAUUUCAUAUAUCUUCGGAACGAACUCUGCAGACACGGCGAUACACUCCAAUCAGCAGCCCUUCAGUAUACUGAAGAGGUUCUGAUUGCAGACAUCGAUUCGCUUAAGAGAGAGAAAAUACCGAAAGAGCAGUCACUCGAAGAUUCUUCGAAAUCGGAUGAAAAGGAAGCUGAAGAGAGCGCAAUGGUUGUCGAGCCCUCAGAUAAUACUGAGAAUGAAGUGGUCUUUAAUGACCUAAAUAUAAAGAUCGGAGACUUUGUGUACAUCGAGCCCCGGGAGAAGAAUAUUGAGCCGCAUAUCAUUCAUAUCGAGAAACUGAGUAAAGACGAGAGCGGAGAGCAUUGGAUAUACGGGCGCUGGUUCUUCAGGCCUUUCGAGACCUUUCAUAUCGCGUCUAAAAAAUUCCUCGAAAAAGAAGUCUUCAAAAGCGAUAGCUUUAACAGCACUCCCAUGAGUCAAGUGGUCGGCAAAUGUCACGUGAUGUUUGUCAAGGAUUACUUCCGGAGUAAACCUCAAGAUUUUGAAGACAAAGACGUUUAUGUCUGCGAAUCGCGAUAUUUUACGAGAGCCAAGACUUUUAAGAAGAUUAAAGUCUGGCCUUUCCUACAGAACAUCGCUUUAAUUCCGAGAGAAACUCCAUUACCAAUGAUUAGAAUCCCCUCUGUUUUCAAGGGACAGACGGAUAGAGUUAAAGCCGAACCCGAAGAGGAAGAAGAUGACGGAGCGCUCAAAGUGUUUGACAUCGAAAGGCCAAGCAUAGAGUGCGAUCCUCCAGAAGGGGUGGUAGCAGAAGAAGGGGUUGUCUUUUAUGAACAGUACAGCAUUCCCUCGGGUUCUUACAAAUUAGGCGACUGUUGUUACGUGCGAACCGAUACGGGAAGGAAUCUGAUUUGUCGGAUCGACCGCAUGUGGGUUGACAAGGAGGGCAUGUGCUUCUUCCACGGCCCCUGGUUUGUCCAGCAGCCAGAACUCCCGCCUCUGCUCUACAAAUCGUUUUAUUUGCAGGAAGUCUUCCUCAGCUCUAUUGAGGACACAAACCCAUUGUUGAGUAUCUGUGAGCGCUGUGCUGUCAUUGAGUACAAAGACUACAUCACUCGCAGACCCACUGAAAUACCAGAGAAAGACACGUAUGUCUGUGAGUCUCGAUAUCUGGAACACGAGAAGAAGUUCCAGAAAUUGACGAAAGGAUUGCCGAAGUUUGUGGCGACUCGUGCCGGUGUUGUGGACGACGAGAUCUAUUACUUCCGAAAACCAUUAGUUCUGCAAAAGAUUGAAACGGGAGUUCCAACGGGCGCUGUGGCCAGAAAAGGUCAAACCAGUUUCGAUACAUCGAUGGCUAUUAUAGAACGGGUUUCCACUGAAAUAGAAACCGAAGGCUUGAAUGAAACUCCGAUCCCUCCGGUCGUCGAGCACUCGAUCCCGACUCCCGUCACUUCUGUGAAGAAAAGACUUCCCAAACGUUUAGUCACCGGAUAUAUAGUGUUUGCGAGUGAAGUGAGAAAAUCUGUGGUUCAGGCGAACCCCGAGUGCUCUUUCGGAGACGUGAGUCGAAUAAUAGGCACCGAAUGGAAGAAUUUGCCGCCGAAUCAGAAGUCAGAGUACGAACAGAAGGCUCAGCGACAGAACGAGGCGACGGCUCAAGAAGUGGCCGCCGCCGAGAGUAUGCCUCACUCUCCCGCCUCCGCCAGCAGUUCAGUGAUUGAGAAUGCGGUCUAUGAGUGCCACUGGGAGAACAGAUGUGACUUCCAGUUCGAAGAAUCUUCAGAUCUCUUGGAUCACCUCAUAUCCGAACCUAAUGGACACGUUUGGCAAUCAUAUGGAGAGAACAAAGACAAAGAGGGAGCAGAAUUCCAGUGUCUUUUCCAUGGAUGCGGUCGUGUGAAAAAAGGGGCCGCGCCGUUUCCAAGCUUUCAGCGACUCGUGCGGCACUGCAAAGAGAUUCAUGUCUCGAAACAAACACCUAAAUCCAUUGCUCCGGAGAACAGAAAUAAAAAUUGUGUCCAAAGUCGCAAAACAGUGGCACCGGUGGCCUCUGCUGUAUUGACUGCCAGCACAUCGACAGUACAACAAUCUGCACCACAACUCACGAGUACUGGAGUUCAGGUGAAACCCAUAGAACCGAUAUUCGUGGCGACCCCUCCCCGGACUAACCGAUUGCUUCACACACACACAUACAUGAAAUAUAUCGAGAAACUGAGCGCAGAGGGCAAAGACGGUCGCCAUAUAAGCAAUUGGGAAACACAGCUGACCGCCACUCAGGACAACACUCCGCCACAGGAUGUCAAUCGACUGCCCACUCAUUGGUUGGCUAACGGCGCCGGAAAUCACGGAAACGUAGUGAACGCGUUGUGGGCCCUCAGGAACUUUAUGACCAGAGAUGCCCUCAACCUGUCCUUCGCUAAUAACUAG